UUACCCGCGACGCCUCCUUCACAGGCCUUUUGUCAGCUGCAACAAAGGGAAAAAGACAGAAGAUAAAAAGAAACGAAAGAAACAACCAGGGGAAUAUAUACUCAAAUAAAAAUAAAUACAGCCAGGAUAGGAACACUCAAUCCAUCAGGUGCCCUGUUCUUUCCGUUCGAUGGUCCAUUCGGAUUCGGCCCAACCGACCGAUAGGUCAGGAUCUACCGUUCACCAACCACAAUUACACGAAGCCAACAACCCAACGGCUUCGGAUGAUAAUGAAAUUGGUGCACCCUCUGCUAUAGUCCCCGGUCAAGGGAGUUUUCAUACUCCUCCGCUUUAUAUUGAAAAAUCUCCUGCAGAGGGACUGCAGGAUGUAACUCUGCAGCACUACCCACACCCCCAUCAUCUGCCUUCGCUUCAGAUUCGCACGGAUCUGUCAAACGCUAGCCAGAUGAGCCCGCCAAGGGAACCUGGGUCAUUCGUGCAUCACAGCAUCUCGUCCAGCAGUCUCCCCCGGCGCACUCCAAGCCUGCGCGGUCUGUUCGCCGGCCCUCCAACCAGCGCAGGAUCUUUGACUCUGUCUCCAGCCUCGCUCAUAUCUUCCCCUCAACUCAUGGCCAUGGGAGACAUCACGCCUUUGCCAUCGCCCAUCGGUGGCAUGUCGCCAUGGAAACUGCCACGGCGCAAUUCCCAGUCUUUGUCUCGGACGCCUUCGACAACCUCUCGCAGCGGUUCCAGUCUCGGUUUACGACUAAGCGAUUCCUCUCAAAUGCUCGGUGCUUGCGAAUCCCGGCCACGAAGCAGGCAAUACAUGCUCCCUGACAAGCUGUCCGAAACACCUAGUGAGACGCCCAUCGAGUCUCCGACAAAACCACGUCAAGGAUCUGGGUCAAAGCAUUCUCGCAACCGCAGCUUAAGCGAGUAUGUACCUCCCGGUCGCGCUAUCCCGGUCAAGCCACGGCCGAUUGCAGUUUCAGGAUCAGGAAUGCCCCCGGGGAUCACUGCAUCUGUCAGCACCGACUCGAAGACGAACAACAACAGCAAUAAUCUUCAUCGCGAAGAGUAUCUGGCUGUCCACCGGGGGAUCGCAUUGCCUACUGUUCGCCCUCCUACGCCUCCUCGCAGCAGUCGCAGUGGCUCCGAUGAACGCGAUGACGAACCCGUUAUAACACCGCUGGCAGCUGGCCCUGAUGAGAUAUACUCGGUACGGUCUGUGCGCACACAACAACGUCGCAAGUACCGCAAGAUACGUCAGCUAGGUCAGGGAACAUUCAGUCAAGUCUCCCUCGCGGCACGUAUAGAAAGACGAGAAAGCGACGACGAAACCAUGUUUUCCAGUCUUCAAGAUGUGAAUUUGGUAACACAGAAGCUUGUUGCAGUCAAGAUUAUCGAGUAUGGACCGGCCGGUGGUGCAGAUGAGGAGCGCUUGGAAGUUUCCCUCAAGCGCGAGGUAGACAUACUCAAAUCUGUCAAUCAUCCGUCGCUGGUGCAAUUGAAAGCAUUUGGUAGCGACGAGAAGCGCGCGCUAUUGGUUCUCGACUACUGUCCCGGAGGUGACCUCUUUGACGUGGCAUCGUCGAGUCCACGGCCCAUGAGUCCGCAACUCAUUCGUCGUAUUUUUGCCGAAUUGGUGGGGGCUGUGCGCUACCUGCAUGCAAAUUUCAUUGUGCACCGCGACAUUAAACUUGAGAACGUGCUUGUCAACCUGCCGAUGCAAGCGAUAGAGACGAUCACGGAUUGGCGCACAUACGAUCGAGCCGUCAUCACCCUCAGCGAUCUGGGUCUGUCCCGACGAAUACCCGAGCCUCCCGAAAGCCCUCUGCUUCAGACCCGUUGUGGCAGUGAGGACUACGCAGCCCCUGAGAUCUUGAUGGGACAACCGUAUGAUGGACGAUCAACAGACGCAUGGGCUUUGGGAGUGUUGUUAUACGCCAUGAUGGAAAAUCGGCUCCCGUUCGACGCAUUGCCGGGCACCCGAGGCGACCCUGCCAAACUCCGCGCGCGAACGCCCCACCGCAUCGCACGAGUCGAGUGGUCCUGGUACCGAUAUGCCGACAGCGACGACGAAUGGGAUCAUGAAAAAGGCAAGGACCUCGAAGGCGCCCGCGAUUGUGUCGAGGGGCUAUUGAAACGCAAUACGAAACGAAAAAGUCUGGAUGAGAUCGCGUCGAUGUCGUGGGUUAAGGAGGCGAUCGACAUACCCGGCGAACUAAAGAGGGGGGAUAAGGAAGUGCCAUAGAGCUGGUCUCUUUUCAGUGGUUUUUUCUCCCCUCCAUUACAUAACACUCUUCUCUUUUCCCUUCUUUUCUUCCGUUCUUACCCUGCUUACUUACCAUUCUUUCUUUC